AUGGCGAAGUUUGAAAAGGAUGCCGAGGCUAUGGUGAGUUUACACAUGAAAUCCGUUAUUAGAGGACCAAGGACGUCGGAUUUCAGUCACGUGGCGACUCUCGUCUCAGCAAUUGGUUCCUUUGUGCAACCUUUCAGUCAAAAUUCUACAGUUGAACGAGUGAAUGACAAAGAGUUGAGUGAAUUGAAAUUAAUAGGCCCGGAAGCGCCAUGUAUCGGGCUACUGCAGGUUCGUUACCGAGGUCGAUGGGGUUCCGUCUGUAGUAGUCCGUGGGAUUCAUCUACUGGAGAAGUCGUCUGCAGGCAGAUUGGUUGCAAUGCCUAUCACACAACAUUGGCUAUACCCAUCUCACAAGAAACUGGACCUAUUCUGUUGGAUAAAGUCCAUUGUAACGGAACUGAGUCGUCACUCUGGGAAUGUCCAUUAAGUGCUUCGGACCAGCAGGGCUGUGAAACUGGGACGACCGUAGGCUACUUCUGUAAAGUCAAACAAAAUGCUAUGCUUAAGGAUGGAGGUAGCCCUUGUGCUGGAAGAGUUGAGGCCAGUAGCUUUACAUUGUUCCGUGUACUCUGUGGCCGAAUGUGGGAUAUGAAUGAAGCUCGUGCUUUCUGCAAAUUUCUGAACUGUGGUGACGCUGUAUCUGCAUCAGGGAAUUCUCAGUUUGGGGCUGGUGUUGUCCCGAUUCUGAACACUGAACUUCACUGCAAAGGUACUGAGGAUGACCCCUGGAAAUGUGAAAUGAAACCUUUGGCUCACCGAAACUGCUCUGCAGAAACAGAAGCAGCUGGUGUUGUGUGUUCAGAGCACAGAGAGCCAAGACUGGUUGGUGGAACGGAUGGAUGCUCUGGAAGAUUGGAGGUACAGAAAGGGAAUACUUGGGGCACGGUGUGUGAUUCACAUUGGGAUUCACAAGACGCUCGUGUGGUUUGUGCUUCCUUGAAAUGUGGAGGAGUGAUAGCAGUACUUGGAGAGGCUCAAUUUGGAGAGGGCAGUGGUCCAGUAUGGCAGGAUAUCUAUGAAUGCCAGGGUCAAAGGGGACCGCGAUUAGUUGGUGGUAAUGAUACUUGCUCGGGACGACUGGAGAUACUGCAGGGUGAUACCUGGGGCACAGUCUGCGAUACCUACUGGGAUUUACAGGAUGCAGCUGCGGUCUGCAAUCAACUCGGUUGUGGAGUCGCGACAGCAACACCAGGAGGCGCAUUUUUUGGGGAAGGAAAUGGGACGAUAUGGAAUGAUGUCAACGAAUGUAUCGGCAAUGAAAUGCAUUUGCGUGACUGCCCGGUUUCAUCCUGGGGGCACCGUGAAGAUUGGCAAAUGCGACUGGGCAAUGGGGAGACCAUGUGUGAUGGCCGAGUGGAGGUUUAUUAUGGUGGCAUUUGGGGAAGAGUGACUGACACUCAGUGGAAUUACAAUGAUGCAGAUGUAGUUUGCAGACAACUGAAUUGUGGCUCUGCAAUAAGAGUUUACAAUCACUCGAAGUUUGGGAAAGGCACAGGCCCAUCCUGGAUCAACAAUGUCAGAUGCAAUGGAAGUGAAUCCUUCCUGUGGAAUUGCAGUUUUACACAAAUGAAAGAGUCGUCUAUUGCUGAUGAUGUGGGUGUGAUUUGCUCUGAUCAUAUUCAGAUAAGAUUGGUGGAUAGUGGAAGUCACUGUGCUGGAAGGGUGGAACUUUACUACAAUGGAAGCUGGGGAACUGUGUGUGAUGAUUCCUGGGAUUUAGCAGACGCCCAAGUUGUCUGCAACCAGCUGCGGUGUGGACAGGCUCUAAAUACAACGAUUUCCGAGCACAGGGCUGUGAGGCUGCAGGAUGGAGCGAACCUCUGUCAGGGCAGAGUCGAGGUUUUUUAUAAUGGAACCUGGGGGACUGUUUGCGCCGAUUCCUUUGGAAUAAAGGAAGCGCAAGUUGUUUGUCGACAGCUCCUGUGUGGAUCUGCCCAAUCUGUGGAACGUGCUAUUACAUUUGGAAGGGGUUCUGGACAGAUCUGGCUCGAUGAUGUGAACUGUCGUUUGCAUGAUACACUCCUGUGGCAUUGUCCAUCUUCACCAUGGGGCCAACAUGACUGUGACCACAAGGAAGAUGUCGGAAUCAUUUGUUCAGAGUUGCGGCUGGCUGCGGGAUUGAACAACUGUUCGGGAAGAGUUGAAAUAUUUUUCCGUGGUAUGUGGGGAACGGUUUGUGAUGAUUCUUGGGACAGGCAUGAUGCCGCUGUCGUUUGCAGACAAUUAAAUUGCGGCGAGCCGGUGUGGACAGUGGAAGAGACGCUAUUCGGCCAAGCAAAUGGCACAAUUUGGAUGAACAAAGUUCAAUGCAAGGGGAGUGAACUAUUCCUGUCGGAUUGCCUAUUGUCAGCAAUGGGAGAUCAUGUCUGUGAACAUGAAGAGGACGUCAACGUGAUAUGCUCUGGCCAUCAGAAACACACAGCGCCUUUCAACCAGCAGAGACCCUCGAUCUUCAUCAUCCCUUGCGUAUUUGUUGUCCUAUUGAUUGCUGUUUCACUUGCUUUGGCUGCUGAACUGCAGAGAAGCUUCCAGAAAGCCAACAGGAACAUUCAACAUUGCACCACUGGAUUUCCUGAUCCUGUUUACGAAGAGAUUGAGGUUCAGGAGCUUGGAACAGGCGCAGAUCUGCACUCUACCAGUUCACUAAACAAGUUGGAAUAUUAUACAGAGAGCGAGUUACACGAAUAUGAAAAUACAAACAUGGAAGAUUCACUUACUUUUUUUGAUACAGAAUUUGGAAGACAACAUGAUGAUAUUUAAUCAUUUGAGAC